UGUAUAAAUUAAAGUUUACCUUACAAUAUAAAAUAAAAAGAAAAAUUAGAUAUGAAAUAUCACCAUCAAUAUAUCAGGAUCACCCAAAAAGGUAUCUUAAGAUUUUAUCCCUGCUGUGUAGUGUAACAUAAGUUAAAAUCUUUUACUAUAUCGUAUCAAUAUUUAUAAGCAAUUAAACGUAUUAAUAGCACAUGCAACAAGCUUAUAAACUCUGAGGUUGAUUAGCUUUAUACGCAGUUCAAAGUUAAGCACGUCAGCAGAAUGUUAGGACCCCACACAAAGCUCCGACAAUUGUUAAGAACAACAAGAAUACAACAGCGGCGGCAAAUAUGUGUUUCAACGGAAUUAAGGUCUAAACCUACGGAAUGGGAGCAGUCUCGUCCGUUUAAACAAAUUCCCAAAGUGGGAUUAUUGAACUUUGUGUGCUACAUGCUCCCCGGUGGAAGAUAUGCAAAAAUGGAGUUUCCAAACAUGAUGUUGGAUCUACAUCGCCGACAUGGACCACUCUACAGACUGCCAGCGAUUAUGGGUAAGGCGGAGUAUCUUGUGUGCAGUGAUCCAGCUCAUUUCGAGCGAGUGUAUCGGGCUGAAGGAUCCUCUCCGGAAAGACAGGCCAAGUCAAUAUUAGACUAUCAUCGAAACAAGCACCAGGCGAACUUUUAUCAAGGCGUUGAAGGACUUGUUUCCACCACGGGAGCAACUUGGUCAAAAUUUCGCUACUCUGUCAAUCCCAUUCUGAUGCAGCCUAAAACUAUUCGUUUAUAUUAUCAAGAGAUGUCAAAUGUGCAUAAGGAAUUUAUUGAGCGUAUUCGAGAGAUACGCGAUAGCAGCACCUUUGAAGUACCGCAUAAUUUUGAAGACGAACUCAACCGCUUGACUCUGGAGUGUGUUUCAGUGAUUGCCUUGGAUAAACAGUUGGGACUUUUUAAAGACAAUCGGAAUGAUCCGCGAGCAAAGAAACUCUUGGACAGUCUUGUUGAAGUGUUUGCUCUUGGUUCUGAGAUUGAACUUAAGCCUUCAUCUUGGCUUUAUAUAUCCACGCCAUUAUUCAAGAGAACUAUGCGGGUUUUGGACACAAUUCAGGAGCUGACUGUGGGCUAUGUGAAUGAAGCUGUGGAACGCUUAGAGCGCAAAACAUUUAAUAAACCUGAACAUAAGAAGAGUGUGCUGGAAAAGCUACUAAAGAUUGAUAAGAAGAUUGCCACAGUUAUGGCCAUGGACAUGAUGUUGGUGGGUGUAGAUACGACUGCCAGCACAUUUGCAGCUUGUUUGUUGUGCCUUGCACAAAAUCCAGAACAGCAAGAGAAACUAAGAGAGGAAGUUCUUCGUAUGCUACCUGAAAAGGACUCCGAUUUCACAGAAGACUCUAUGAAGAAUAUGCCAUAUUUGCGUGCCUGCAUCAAGGAAGCUCUUCGUCAUUAUCCUCUACUCUCAGCAAACAGCCGUAUUAUCAAAUCGAACAUUGUACUAAAUGGUUAUCAAAUACCAAAAGAUACUGCAAUUAUAAUGCUAUCCCACGGGCUUACGAUGAGUGAUGAAAACUAUCCCAGAAGCAAAGAAUUUCUCCCGGAGCGUUGGUUACGAUCGAACAAUGAAAAAGUUGCGGGUGGCAAAUGUCCAAAUACGAUGAGAGCAAGUAAUCCAUUUAUCUACCUUCCUUUUGGGUAUGGACCUCGCAUGUGUAUCGGUAAACGGAUUGUCGAGAUGGAACUGGAGUUGGGCAUUGCUCGACUUGUUCGCAAUUUUUAUAUCGAGUUCAAUCACCCAGCGGAGAAACCAUUUAAAAGUUUGAUUAUAAAUGUUCCAAACAUUCCGCUGAAAUUUAAGUUUACAGAUGUGGAAUACCGUCAACAAAUAUGUGUUGCAAGUACCGCGAGUGCAGGGAAAAUUGAAGCGGCAUCGGAAUGUCAACGACCAAGACCAUAUAAUACGAUUCCCAAAGUGAGUAAGGCGCAGUUCCUGCUUUAUAUGCUGCCAGGUGGAAGAUACUAUAAGAAGGAGUUCCCCUACGUCAUGUUGGAUCUGCAUAAACGUCUUGGUACGCUCUACAGAGUGCCAGGCAUUUUGGGAAAAGAAGAGUAUCUCCUUACAAAUGAUCCGGGUCAUUUCGAGCAAGUCAUACGAGCUGAAGGACCUUGGCCAGAGCGACAGGGUAAAUCUAUAAUGGACUUUCAUCGCAGCCAGUAUCGCAAGGACUUUUAUCAGGGCGUUGAGGGCAUUAUAUCCACAGACGGUGAAAUGUGGGCCAAGUUUCGCUUCACAGUCAAUCCCGUCAUGCUGCAACCGAAAAUUGUGCGACUUUAUUACCAAAAGUUGUCGGAUGUCAACAAGGAAUUCAUUCAGAGAAUUCGUGAAAUCAGAGAUCACCACACCUUCGAAGUGCCUGAGAAUUUUGAGGAGGAAAUCAAUCGAUGGACCUUGGAAUCCGUUUCAGUAGUGGCUCUGGAUAAACAGUUGGGACUGAUAAAUAAGAAUCGCAAUGAUCCCCAGUUAAGGAAACUGUUUGAUAGCAUCAAUCAAUAUUUUGCCUUGGCAGCUAAAAUUGAACUAAGACCAUCUUUUUGGCGAUUCUUACCAUCGCCGCAAUUUAAGCGGGCUAUGCAAGCCUUGGACAACAUCCAGGAAGUGAGUGGGAACUUUGUCAACGAAGCGCUCGAGCGUUUGAAGCACGAACCUACAGAAAAGCCAGAGCACGAAAAGAGUGUGUUGGAGAAGCUGUUAAAAAUCGACAAGAAGAUUGCCACUGUGAUGGCAAUGGACAUGAUCAUGGCUGGCGUAGAUACGACAACAAGCGCUGUUACCGGCUGUCUUUUAUCCAUAGCCAAAAACCCCGAAAAGCAAGCAAAACUACGCGAGGAAGUGCUCCGCAUUCUGCCCAAUAAGGACUCGGAUUUCACAGAAGCCUCUAUAAACAAUAUGCCAUAUUUGCGGGCCUGCAUCAAGGAAUCUUUGCGAUUUUUUCCCUUGAUUCCCGGCAACAGCCGUGUCAUCAAAUCAGAUAUUGUUCUAAAUGGUUAUCAGAUACCGAAAGAAACGGCGGUUAUAAUGACAUCCCAAGGUCUACAUAUGGAUGACCAAUACUUUCCCAGGAGCAAAGAGUUUCUUCCAGAGCGUUGGCUUCGCCAGACAAAAAAACAAAGCACUGAGAGCAAGUGUCCAAAUGCGCUUAAACCAAGCAAUCCUUUUAUCUAUUUGCCCUUUGGCUUUGGGCCACGCAUGUGCAUUGGCAAAAGAAUUGUCGAAAUGGAAUUGGAGCUGGGUAUUGCGCGACUUAUUCGAAAUUUUUAUAUUGAGUUUAAUCACUCGACGGAGAAAGCUUACAAAAGUCAGCUUAUAAGUGUGCCAAACAUUCCGCUUCAAUUCAAAUUUAUGGAUGUGGAAUACUAA